AUGAGGAAUAUUGCAAAGUCGCGCUGUCAGUUAACGGAGUACGACAUCGAGUACAUGUCCUGCACGUCAGUCAAGGGGCAGGCAAUUGCAGACCAUUUGGCGGAAUUCCCGGUCGAGGACGACACCCCAGUCAAUUCUGACUUUUCAGAUGAAGGGAUCCUCCAAGUGGAUGAUGAGGAGGGCCUGCCCACGUGGAAGAUGUAUUUUGAUGGUGUAGUCAAUUCCACCAAGCCCAGUAUUGGUGCAAUACUGAUAUCCCCUGACGGGCGCUACUAUCCCGUUGAAGCAAAGAUCGAUUUCCCUCACACCAAUAAUGUGACUGAGUAUGAGGCGUGCAUCCUCGGCCUGCAGGCGGUGAUCGACUUCAAGGUCAAGGAGCUAGAAGUGUUUGGGGAUUCUAUGCUCACGAUUUUCCAGACGCUGGGGCAAUGGAAGACGAAAGACGCGAAGCUAAUACCAUACCAUGAGCACCUCGAGGAGUUGACUGAGAACUUUGAGAAGGUAUUGUUCACGUACACGCCACUCAUCAAGAAUCAGUUCGCAAAUGCGCUCGCAACGCUCACAUCCAUGGUGAGCAUCACAAAAUAA